CGACGCUCACCACCGCGCUUCACUCCAUCCCGCGAUAGAUCCUAUCGCGACUCUGAUAACUGGCGAUUUGGUGACGGUCGGAGGCCAGACUCGAACUCGCGACCGUACAAUGAUGACCGCCGUGGAGGGGGCGGCGACUCAUACCGGCCGCACGUCCCUCAGGGCGACUUCACUUUCCGCAUGGACAAGCCAGCUGGCAUCUCCGACUACGUGCCCAACGGCCAGCCGCCACACAGGCGCCCGCCGCGAAGAGAUGGCCGAGGAGGUGGACGUGGAGGCGGCCCUCGCAGGGGCGGCAGGCCUCGCUGGCAGCCACCCCACCCCUCUGAACGAGCCUUGAUAUCGGGCGUCGCCACAGGCCUCCCCGAAGAGAGUGUGCAUACUGGCGAAGGCGCAAAGUUUCGCGAUCUGGACGAGCUGUCGGAUGAUGACGAGCUUGAAAUGGAUAUAUCGUCUCGAUCAUCCGUGUCUGAUACCGAGGAGCCCUCCAAGAAGCGGGUGCGCACUGCCGUAGCCGACGAGUCUGCCAAUGCGGCCCCCAAGUGGUCCAAUCCAGACCCGUAUACAGCGCUGCCGUGCCCAGACGAGGCUACACGCAAGAAGCGGGAUGUUGUGAAACUCAUUCGCAAGGCUAGAGUGGAGGACAAUGCAAACAAGCCCCUCGUAUCCACAGAAGCUGAAGAUUUCCUUUCAUUUGACCUUAGUGACGAAGAGGGUGAGGAUGAAAGUGAUAUCAAAGUUAUUCAAGCCUCAGAGUUACAGCCGCCGCCGCCACCGCCUAGUGAAUUACCACCCCCACCACCAGCUUCUGGAAACUAUAGCAACAACAACAUUGAACCUUUGGGCAGAGGCAUCCACUCUCUUCCAAACAAACCAGCUGCACCGCAAGACAGAUCAGAUCCUCUUGGUUCUCGCAAGCGCACCCACGACGACGAGAUUAUCCAACCACCAAAUUACAAGCAGUUCAAGAAACCCAACAUGAGACCUUCAAAAGGAACUCUGGUGCCAAACUGGACACCGAAACCAAAUGAAGAGCCUUGCCCAUGGGCAAAUAUCGACCACUCUGCAACGACCAAUAUGGCUUUUCGACUGCACAAAGAAAUCAUGGACUUCUAUGAGUUCGUCAAGCCAUGCGACUUUGAGCAGACGAUUCGCAACAGUCUGGUUGAGAACCUGAAAAAGGCCAUGAAGAGAGACGACAGAAAUUUUGCCAACGCCGAGCUUUUCCCAUUUGGUUCAUUCAUGUCUGGGCUGUAUCUUCCAACGGCUGACAUGGAUUUGGUCGUUUGCUCUCCCAGCUUCAUGCGCGGCGGCCCGCCUACCUUCAUGAGCGCCAAGAGCUGGCUGUAUAAGUUUCGAAAGCUUUUGGUUGCUCAACGAAUUGCAGAGCAAGACUCGAUCGAGGUUAUUGCCCACGCUCGAAUCCCGCUGGUGAAAUUCAUUGACAGGGCGACUGGGCUGAGAGUGGAUGUGUCGUUUGAAAACCUCGGCGGGGUCAAGGCCAUUGACACUUUUUUGCGUUGGAAGAAGGAAUUUCCGGCAAUGCCUAUCCUUGUCACUGUGAUUAAGCAUUUUCUUCUGAUGAGAGGCUUGAAUGAACCUGUCAACGGAGGCUUGGGAGGAUUCUCAGUCAUUUGCUUGGUCGUCAGCAUGCUUCAGCUCAUGCCGCAAGUCCAGAGCCGCAGCCUUAUCCCGGAGCAUCAUCUUGGAGAGAUGCUCCUUGAAUUUUUUGAGCUUUACGGACGGAACUUUGACUAUGAAGUGAAUGCCAUUUCGCUUACUAGCCCUAUUGGAUAUAUCCGCAAGAGCCAAGUAUCAAGCUUUACAUACAAGAAGACGGAUCGUCUCUCAAUCAUUGAUCCAAACAACCCUGCUAAUGAUAUCUCUGGCUCUUCAUCAAAUACAGAAGGCGUUCUGUCUCGCUUCUUUGAUGCUUACCUCACUCUACGAGAGCGUAUGCAACAAGUUGCUAGCGAUCCUAAUUGUGGUGGCAUUCUUGAUGUGCUGUUCAAGGGCGAUUACUCCUCCUUUAGGAUGCAGCGGACAUUUCUCCAGCAUAUCCACGAGAAG